GUGCAUUUGCGUAUCUUGAAUAGGUUAUUGCCUCAUUCACAACUACCCCUCUUAUCUAUUUUUUUUUGUUCUCUUAAAAUGACUUCUGCUACCACAACUCCUAGAACUCCACGAUUGCUCUCUUCCAGAGAAAUGCAAAAUAUUGAGGGCAAACUAAGAUGCCUUCAAACUUUGCUACAAAAUCCGAAAACCUCCGCCAUUGAGGAGCUCAAAAAGCCUGUCAGAUCCUUAUCUCAUAACCUGAAUACUAUUUUGAAUUUGGGAAGAACUUCGUACAAAGUGGAAGUCAGAAAGCGUCUGGAAGGAGCAUUCAAAGCCACAAGUGAGCUCGAGGAGUUGGUGAUUCGCGUGGCUGUCGGCGGAGAAAAUAUCGAUGACGUCAGAGCUCAGCAGAAGAGCAGGAAACUCUAGAAGCUUAAUUUUAUGUUGUAGUUUUUUUUAAAUUUUAAUAAUCUGACUUUAAUUCCAUUUAAUUCCAUUGAUCCAGUUAUCAUUACAUUUAAAUAAAAUAGUUAAUUUUUCAAAAAAAAACG